CUGAGCAAACGUUUUCAAAAACGAAGAAGUUACCAUAUGGUAUGUAGUUGGUAAAAAAAAGUGUCUCGAAAUAUAUUGAAUUUUUUUUUCAUUUUGUAGAGCACAACGAACUUGUUCCAUCUGUGCAAAAAAAAAUUGAAAUCCGAGUUAGAACGAAGAAGAUAAGAGCCGAUUAAGAAAACUAGGGAAAGUAAAAUGCCUUUAAUUGACAACCUUUAGAUCUGAAUAUUCUGAACCCACUUAGAUCUAAAAGUCCAAAUUUAAUUACUCAUAGGUCAGUAACCAAUGGUUAUUGGCCCUAUCCUAAGCCCAACAAAUGGAUUGAAGAACACAGAUUGUGAAGGAAUGGUGGGUUUGGAUGAUGGAUUCAUGGUUGCCGGUUUGAAUCUUGAUGAUAACUUUCAAUAUCUCCUAUUAUUAGGGGAAUUGAUUGCCGUUGGAUUGGAUGUCGCCGGCACAGGCGGCAGCGGAGGAGUGGGAGGAGGGAUUGAAGCUGGCGCCGGGGACGGGAUGGGGCAGGAGUCGGAGUCGGAGUCGGGUGGUGGUGGUGGGGAGUGUUUCUACGGUGGUCGGAUUCCGCGGCGGCAGUGGAGGUUGGGUCAGGUAGGGUAUGGGGGUUUGUAGAAAAGAAAUUAGUUUUUUAUUUUUUAAUGAAUGUAAUAAUGAGGUGGAAAAUAUAUUUUAUUUUUAAUAAAUUUUUAGUUGCCACGUCACUAAGUUAACAGUCAACUUUGAGAGUUGACUGCCACAUCAGCAAAAGUUAACGGAGUUGUACGGAGAGUGACCAAACGUGAACGGUUUUAGUAAACUGAAGUACAACCAAUGAAUUUAAAUAUUUCGAGUGACCAAACUUGAACGGUUUUUGUAAUCUCGGUGACCAACCAUGCACUUACUAAAUUGAAAGGUGCAACUUUUGACUACAGGGGCACGCGUGCUCCAUCUGAUAUUACUCCUUUCUCGUAGUUGUUAAUCUCUAAGGGCCUUCCCUCUUCCACUUCACACGACAUUAGUUCGACGAAGCGGAGCGGGCCAGAGCAUAGCAGAGCGGAGCAACAACUAUAUACAUAUCUACCCCGCUUUAAGAGCGGAUCGGGUCGAGAUCCACCCCAUUUAAGAACGAAGCGGAUUUUAUCUGCCCCAUUACAGAUUGGAUCGGGAAAAAUCCACCGGGGCGGGUCUGGUUUGCCAUCCCUACCGACUUGACAUGAUAAUUACUCGCUGACCACCUUUGGCUUGAAUAAGUUCAAACCUACAUACGGUUUUGCCAAAAAGACACAAUGAUUGGAUGUUCACAUAUGUUGUAAAUACCAAUGUUGUCAAUAGCGAACUAGAGUAUUACCCGAUAAUGUGAACGACUCGGUCUUUAGCGGUCCAACCAUCAUUAAACGUUUAAAAACCUUUAGAAAUCCAUACCUAAUAAACAAUCAGUAUAAAUAGUGGACACUUCUUAAUCAUGGUAAACCAUGAAUAAAUUAGUAAAUUACACUCUUAACUUCUAACAAUUCCAAAACAUGCAAGCGGGGAGCCGAGAGUGACUACAGGUACCGGGGAUGGCGACAUGAAGUGACGACGAAGCGGGGGAGUUGCUACGCGAAGAGGCACGGUGAUGUAGACUGGCGAUGGUGAGUUGGGAGCUGCUACGCUAACUAGGUAUGGCGACGAUGCUGACGAGAAGCUAUGACAGGAAGUAUUGACGGCGGUAGGGUCUGGCGCCAUUCUUUUCCCUCUGUUCACGAAGAGUCGCAGACAAAAACUGAAUUAGAGUUAGGGUUUCUUUCAAAGCCCCAUGAUUUUGCCUUUCGUUUUUUAUUUUCUUUUUCAAUUUUUUUAUUAAAUAAAACGGCCGGAAGGGGAAAAUCGAGCGACCGGUUCGAAUGGUUAACCACCUUGGCCACUCGUUGACCGCUUCAUAAAACCAUAGCGGCUAAAUGACUAGUUCGAGCCGGUUUUAUGGCCAGGUGACGACUUUAGCGGUUCUGCCGGCCGACUCAGUCCGGUCUUAAUAACACGCAAAUACACAUUAAAUAACCGGAUGCUACUAAGCACCACGAAAAUAUUUCUAAUCAGUAUCAACGAUCUUUAACUCGUGGUUCUAGUCCUUUUUGUCAAUUUAAGGAUUUGCAGUUUUGUUUUUACCCUAGCCGGGUUAACAUCAUCUCAUGUGAGCUCUAGUUUUGAGUUAGUACACUUGUUAUGGUUGUCAGAACGUACUCAAGGUUGUCAUGGUGUUGUCAUUUGAUAGCAGAAUUCGUCCGAUGUAUUGUUUUCUCUCUUUAGAAACAAAAACCGUGUCUAAUACAAAUAUGAAUUGUUU